UCAUCUUCCUGCCUUUUUUUUUUUUUUUCUGCUAGAACACAGGGCCUGUGAAAGUCGACCCCUGCACUCCCGGGCUGCCCCUGGCCAUCGACACUUGAGACACUUGAAAAGGAUCCUGAGCUGUUUAGAGGCGUUAGGACAUCAGUGUGAAUUCCAGGGAUCCUGGAAGGCAUGUGAGCAAGGACCAGCAGAGGACAAAGGAACUGUACAGCAUCUGAGAGCUGAUCAUUUCCUUUUGGACAUUUCCUGCUUGUUCUGAAAAGCCUUGACUGUCUCAGCGGCUGCAGGAUCUACUCUGGGGGCUGGCGAGUUUCUUCCGGGAGCCAGAAUCAAGCAACACUCCUGGAAGGUUUUUGUCUCCUUGAACAGGCAUGGAUCUUGGCUGAAGGUGUCAGUCUUUAUGUGGUUUCUGACUUCCCCAGCUUGCAAAGCAGAGUGUUGUAAAUGAUGUCUUCCAGCGAUGUCCAGAUUUCUGUGCCCAUGUCAGAAAGAAACAGCAAUGGCCUCCCUGGGACGACCUCCAACGACAUGAAGACUGCGACUGAAGGAUCUGUGUUAAGUUUUCACAACAUCUGCUAUAGAGUCAAAGUGAAGAGUGGCUUCUGUGGUCGAAAAACAUUUGAGAAAGUGGUGCUGUCAGACAUCAGUGGGAUCAUGAAACCUGGCCUCAAUGCCAUCCUGGGACCCACAGGUGGAGGCAAAUCUUCGUUGUUAGAUGUCUUGGCCGCCAGGAAAGAUCCCCAUGGAUUGACUGGAGAUGUUUUGAUAAACGGAGCCCCUCAGCCUGCCAAUUUCAAGUGUAAUUCAGGUUAUGUGGUGCAAGAUGAUGUUGUGAUGGGCACUUUGACAGUGAGAGAAAACUUACAGUUCUCGGCAGCGCUUCGGCUUCCAAUGACCAUGCCGAAUCAUGAGAAGAAUGAACGGAUCAACAAGGUCAUUCGAGAGUUAGGUCUGGAAAAAGUGGCAGAUUCCAAGGUCGGAACUCAGUUUAUCCGUGGUGUAUCUGGAGGGGAAAGGAAAAGGACCAGCAUAGGAAUGGAGCUCAUUACGGAUCCUUCCAUCUUGUUCCUGGAUGAGCCCACCACGGGCUUAGACUCGAGCACAGCAAAUGCUGUCCUCUUACUCCUGAAAAGGAUGUCUAAGCAGGGGCGCACCAUCAUCUUCUCUAUCCAUCAGCCUCGGUAUUCCAUCUUCAAGUUGUUUGAUAGCCUCACCUUAUUGGCCUCAGGAAAGCUGAUGUUCCAUGGACCAGCUCAGGAGGCCUUGGAGUACUUCUCAUCUGCUGGUUACCAGUGUGAGCCCUAUAACAAUCCUGCUGACUUCUUCUUGGAUGUGAUUAAUGGAGACUCCACUGCUGUGGUGUUAAAUAGAGAGGAAGAGGGCAGGGAAGCCAAGAAGAUUGAAGAGCCUUCCAAGAGAGAGAGGCCACUCAUAGAUACGUUAGCCGAGUUUUACACCAACUCCUCUUUCUACAGACAAACAAAAGCGGAAUUAGAUCAGUUCUCAUGCACUCAGAAAAAGAAGAAGAACGCCGCCUUCACAGACAUCGCUUAUGUCACCUCCUUCUGUCAUCAGCUCAGAUGGAUUGCCCGGCGUUCAUUCAAAAAUCUGCUGGGUAAUCCCCAGGCCUCCAUAGCUCAGAUAAUUGUCACAAUAAUACUGGCAUUGAUUAUAGGCGCCAUUUACUUUCGGCUACCCAGUGAUAAUGCUGGAAUCCAGAACAGAGCUGGAGUGCUCUUCUUCCUCACCACCAACCAGUGUUUCAGCAGCGUGUCGGCCGUGGAGCUCUUUGUGGUAGAAAAGAAGCUCUUCAUGCAUGAAUACAUUAGUGGGUACUACCGAGUAUCUGCUUAUUUCUUUGGAAAGCUGUUUUCUGAUUUGCUACCCAUGCGGAUGUUGCCCAGUAUUUUAUUUACCUGUAUAACAUACUUCAUGCUAGGGUUGAAACCGACGGCGGCAGCUUUCUUCAUCAUGAUGUUUACCCUUAUGAUGGUGGCCUAUACGGCCAGCUCUAUGGCACUGGCCAUAGCAGCGGGCCAGAGUGUGGUGUCCGUGGCCACGCUGCUCAUGACCAUCUCGUUCGUGUUCAUGAUGCUUUUCUCAGGCCUGUUGGUAAAUCUCAAAACCAUUGCAGCCUGGCUGUCUUGGCUUCAGUACUUCAGCAUCCCUCGAUACGGCUAUACCGCUUUGCAGUAUAAUGAAUUCUUGGGACAGACCUUCUGUGGAGGAAAUAAUACAACGUGCACCACUGGUGAACAGCAUCUGGCACAGCAGGGCAUUGGCAUCUCACCUUGGAAUUUGUGGCAGAAUCAUGUGGCUUUGGCUUGCAUGAUGGUUAUCUUCCUCACAAUUGCCUACAUAAAAUUGUUACUUCUUAAAAAAUAUUCAUAAAUCCCCCUGGAACUUUCCAUGUGUCAUCUUUUCAUUUAACUAUUUGCUGUAUUUUAAUUAUUCAGUGAAAUUUACUGGUGGGGGUGGGGGGGCAGUCAUCUACUGAGUUGCCAUUAUUCUUUGGGGGUCAGCAGCAAUUAUUUUCAACAGAAAACAUUCCUGGAAAAAAUUGCAUGUGAAAAGAACCCGAAUAAAAACUGAUG